AUGGCGUCGCUUCUCGAGCGAGCGUAUCUCGUGAUUCUGCUGGGCUUUUUACUCAGCGUCGUUGUGGGGGAAUUGGAAAAGCCAGAUGCCGAAGCCGCGAUCAACAAUACGGUAUCAUUCGUAUUUGGGGUUUCCCAGCAGCGAGAUAACACUAGCGACGACUACGCAACGUCGACGAGGGAGCCCAAGGCGCUGAAGAUGAAUCCUUAUCAGAGUUUAAAUAUUACAACGAGCACCGAUCAUCCGGUAAGUUCAGCCGUUCAACUAACAUCAGCUAACAAAAGCGAUAAUCGAUUGUUAGCGAAAACCACGAGUUCACCUCAAGUAACCGCGAAGAAUAGGAGAUCGACGCCUCAUCGGAAAUAUUCCAAUCAUCAUUACUCUACCGGGCAGAGCGAGCGCGAGGACAAAAGAAAGAUUUACGUCACUAGCGAAGACUAUUCGGAGCAGCAGUAUCAAAAUUAUCAGCAAGAUAAUUACGUUCCUCAACCUCCAGAAUAUGAAGACCCGUAUAGCACGAUUCCCGUGGAACAAAACUUGGCGGGAUACGAAGCUUACAUACCGGAAUCAUACCGUGAGCCAUAUCCCGUGACGGAUCUAGGGUACUAUGGACCACCUAUCCCGCCUCAUCCCGUUUACGAAGAAUCUCCUCCAGAUGAUCCCGAACGUGAAUGUCACUGCCCGGAAAACCGUCAAUUGAACUGUGACAAUACGGCAGCAGACUUCAUUGCUUUGGUUGGAGCCUUGGGUGCAAAUCUUUGGGCUCUAAUACAACUAAUUGCUACAAGCAGCUUACCUUUUAUCAUUCCCUUGUUGGUCAUAAAGUUGAUUCUCGUACCGAUUGGUAUAAUCAAGUUUCUUGCGCUCAUCAAGAUCUUCUUUAAACUCUUCAUCAUCCUGCCAUUCUUCGUCCGGCAUAUUUAUCCAGCGCUCACUCAAAGUUUCAAUUUACAUGAUCUCAUUUUCCAGAAGAUUCAAGAUGCUGCAUCGCACAUUCAUAAUCACGACAUUCAACAUCCACACGACGAAGACAUCGAGAGUCGUACUAAUUUUAAUGCGAGUUCAGUUUUAAAUCAUCAAGCUUACAACAACGUCAAUGACACAAAGAUUUGGGAUUUACGGGGAUGUCCGACUAGGGUAGCAUGUGAAUUGGGGGCUUUUUUAUCGACUUCAACUUACGUUAACUUUCCACAAAAAUUGGCAAAUUAUUUAUCUAAAAGGGCUGAACAAGUGAAAGCCAAAAGUAAAAGCGACGGAAGUACUGACGAUAAUGAAGUUGAUUAUGAAGACGAGGAUGAGGAGGAAGAUCAAAAGCAACGACAAGAUCAAGCUUUUAAAGCUUUUAUUAUUGCAUUGGGCAAGAAAUGGACGCAGGAACAGUGCCAAAUAUAUUCUUGCUCCAUACUCUUUUGAAGUGAUCGCUGGCAUUUUUGUCAUAUCUGUUG